AGGUGUGUGAUGUUGAGCAGAAGAGCUCAGUGUAGUUACUGUGAAUCAGAGCAGGAGCGCGUCAUGGGACGCCAGUGCGCAAAAGAACAGACAUUGGACAUGUGCGUCUGACUUUACGGACACUUUUUACGCAAUUCCUCAUGUGUCCAGACUUCCAAAUCGGAACUGCCUAAAUUCUUGGACUCUUCAAAGUGUUGGUAAACAGUAGACAUGAAUACUACGUUUAACCAAACGGACAGUGGAAUCUUCUCCAACCGGACUGAGGACAUCCUCUUGUGUUGUAACUUCUCGUCCGUGGUGACGGAUAACGGCUUCACGGCGGCCCCUCCGGAUGAAAGGAGCCUCUUCAUCAUGAGAAUAGUUCAGAUAGCGGUGAUGUGCGUCCUCUCCCUCACCGUAGUCUUCGGGAUCUUUUUCCUUGGCUGUAACUUGCUCAUCAAGUCGGAAGGGAUGAUCAACUUUUUGGUAACGGACCGGAGACCCUCCAAAGAAGUAGAGGCGGUCAUCGUGGGUGCGUACUAGACACGAUGAGGAUUAUGAU